GAAGUGUGGUAGGACACAAACAUUUGAGAUCCAGGGGAGACACACAUUACGUUCGUUAGGAGUUUAUAUCGUUUUGUAUAGAACUUGUAUAUAAAGUGUACGUUAUGACAAAUCCGGGGAACUACCCGCCUCCUGUAUUUGACUGUCCGCCGCAGGCGCCGGUAUUUAAACCCUCUACAUUCCAGUGGGACUCUUCAGAAUCUAGUACAUUUCAGGCUACACGUGAUUGGAACUGGUUCGAACCACAGGCUUCUUAUCCGCCACCACAACCACCGGGACCCUGGAACACCCACGGACGCGGUAACUGGCAUGCUGGUCCCUGGAACCAGAACUAUGGACCGAACCGCCACCGAGGUUCGCAUCACAAGGGAGGAGGCCAGCAGUAUGGUCGCCAGGACUUUGGUGGGAAAAAGAAAAACAAGAAAGAGCCAGAGUUCAGUUUUUUCUGUGACACCUGUGACAGAGGCUUCAAGAAUGAGGAGAAAUAUGAUGAGCAUGUUUCACAGCAUGUGAAGUGCUCAGUGGCAGACUGCAGUUUCAUGGCGCAUGAGAAACUGGUGAAGAUUCACUGGAGGAAUAACCAUGCACCUGGAACAAAAAGAAUCAAAUUAGACACACCAGAUGAGAUCGCAAAAUGGAGGGAAGAGAGACGAAGGAACUUCCCAACUCUGGCCAAUGUGGAGAAGAAAAUUAAGUUGAUGGAUGCAAAGGAGGAGAGAGGAGAAGUUUUAGAAACAGCCCAAUUUGGGCGGAUGAGAGGCCGAGGCAGAGGUCGUGGCAGAGGUCGUGGGGGUCACGGGAGAGGCAGUUUCCGUGGACGCGGAUGGGGUCGGGAUAACGGCUCUCAUUCCAAUCACAGAGGGGGCACAGAGGAGCCGCAACACCAACCCGUCUCACAGCCUCCCAAAGAAGUAGAUCCACUGGGAGCGCUAGCCAACAGCGACCCAGACUCUGAGAAGGAGGAUGCGGGUGGUGCCUCCUCAGGCCCGGUGUCUGUGGCCCCUAAGAGCAUGUCGGGCGGCCUGGCCUCUCUAGUGACCAGCUAUGGCUCCAUGACGGAGAGUGAGAGCGACCAGGAACCAGAGGGUAAGACCAUUGCUCCCAUUCUGAAGACCAGCCAAGUGUUGGAGGAGAAUAAAGCCAUGUUGAAGAGCCUCCCUGCUCCGAGCCGUGCGCGUGCACCUUUCCAGGAGAGCGGCGUUCCCAUGGAGAGGGGCGUCCAUGGCAACCACCCCAGGGGGAGAGGGAGGCGACGGGGCCGAGGAGGACGCCAUCACAACGAGACCCCCCAACAGCGGCGACACACUCUGCUGGAAAUGUUGUUGGCCCCUGACAUUCGGCAUGAGCGGAAUGUGAUCCUGCAGUGUGUGCGCUUCGUGGUCCGAAACGGUUUCUUUGGCUUGGAGGGCGAAGGUAAAGAUCUCAAGACGACGCACAGAAACCAAGACGCUGAGACGGAUACGGAAAUCAAGUCACAAUCAGGGGACUUCGUUAAUGGAGAGUCACAGGCAGCGCAGGCAUCAACGUCUCAGUCGCCACUCAAAGAUCUACCUCGGAAUGAGCAUCCCAUUCUAGAACAUCAGCCUAGCGUGAGCAACACCAGGAGGUCUGGGACGGCCCACACAGGAGGAAAUGGCUCGGUGGCGACGGAAGGAAACGUCCCCGCUGGGGAGGAGUGUCGCGUAUCAGAACUGUUUCAAAAUGGAGCAUCGAAGGAGAAGAAGGCCAUUACACAGCUCGCACCUGAAGCAUAUGAGGAUAUCGUAUGGGAGAUGGAUGACGAUGACGUCGACAGCACGGGCGGAGACACACACUCCACAGAGACGACACGUCAUCCUGGAUGGAAAGAGGGCGGAGGUCCUGCUGUGGGACACGGGGAGGAGGCUAUGGAGCUGGAGGGUCAGAGGUCGUAGGUGUCGCUACAGGGCACUGGGCGCAGUCAGGUGUGUGUGUGUGUGUGGGUCGGGGGUAAGCGUAGCAGUACCCCGCAUCUCAAGCGAUCAGUCAGAGGACCCGGUAUCAACGUAGGAUCUUUCUGUUGGCCAUAAGCCAGCAACUGUGGAGCAAAACCUGAAUAUGGACACGCAGCCCGCUGGCUAAGUAUAUGAUGAUGACGUCUGGAAGAUGCCUUCCAUCAUAACGGAUGACAUGUAGAAAUGCCUGUCUUUUUUUUUUCUUUCUUUUUGUUUUAUAAACUGCCUUAUGAGUCCUGAAGGCAUUUUUUAAGUGUACUGCUUUUGCUGCUGUUGCAGUUUGCAGCAUUUAUAAUGCCUUGCAAAGUUUGUGUUAAAUAGAAGAUUUAUGUUAUGUACUAUGAACUGAAAUUCUAUCAGAGAUUAUGCUAAUCAUGCUUAUUAAAUGAAGUUUAAAA